AAAUACCGGUGCCGUUACAGAUCGGAUUUACUGCAGAUUAGUUUUGUUUUUUGCGAGGAAUUACUGCAGAUUAGUUGCGAGGUUGUUACAGAUUUGUCCCGUGCAUAAUUAAAACUCCUCGAUCCCCUCUUUCCUCCCAUCUCCCCAGCUCACAAACCCGAUGACGAAGAUCUUGAGCUUCUCCCGGUCGAAGCGGGCCGAUCGGCCGGAGGAGGAGGAGGAGUCGGCGCCGAUGGUGGCUGCAGGGGAAUACAGGGACCUCGAGGGCGGCGGUAACAAGGACGAAGGGCCGCCGGCGGGCGCCGGCGAUGGUGGCGCGGGCCGUGGCGACGUCGGGCUGUUCCUCGCCGGCCUCGCGGCAUACUUCGUGUCCUUCAUCGGCAUCUACUACAUACUGCUCGGCAAAUUCUACCUCCCGCCCGAGGCGGGGGAGGACGGCGGCGGGCCGGUCGUCAAAGCCGGCGCCGCCCUCCUGGCCGUCGCCGGGGCCACUGCGGGCGGCGUGAUCUCCGCCUGCUGCUGCUGCCGUCGCGCCUCGCCGCCAGCGGAUGACGAGCCAUCGCUAGUUAGUUGAUCAGAGUUACCAUUCGUGUUCCUCAAGCCUGACGAAUAUGGAUCAUGGAGCUGCUGCAAAAUCUCAUUUAUUCAUCUAUUUUAAUUUCUAUGUCA